UCAAGUGACCUCACAGCGCGCAUGCGCACACACAUAAACCGCAACAUGAUUGGCUGCCUGUUAUUUUACAUUCUCUAUCCGCUAUCACGGCACCUGUUCAGUAAACGACCCGCAGAGUCCACAAAGAGGAGUCGCUCCUCCGCUGUGGUUAAUGGCAAGGCAGCAUACGAUGGUUCUGCUAUCACUACCAGGAUGUUCACUCAGUUUCAGAAGCACUUGCUGGACCUGUGUCUUCAACAAAGGUGUGGCUCAAUGGGACAGAAGGAGGAAAGGAUAAGCAAAGAACGUUCCUCAGAGGACGAGAAGGUUCCAGAUGCAGAAGAGCUGAUAUCCGUCACACAGCAAGUGAAUGAGACACAUGUCCGUCAUACGGAGGAACCAAUGAAAACGCACACAUUAAAAGCGUCAAAUCCAGCUGAGAACACCGGACAGGAAACGGAAUGCUGGGAUGAAUAUCUUGUCCCUGCUGCUGAUGGGACCCCAAUGAUGCUCGCUCGAGCUCAAAUUAAUCAUCGUGAUGAUGAUGAUGAUGAUGAUGAAACCGGAUGGCACUUCCCGACAGGACCCGGUUUAAUCGAUGAAGUCCAUCGUCCACUGUGGCGUUUUCCUGCUGUGAGCUAUUAUCCGUCACUCGAGCCGACGGAGCCCUUUGAGGUCAUGUGGAGAGUAUGGCGGGAGAGUGAAGCUGAUUAUCCCAUGAUUCCUUUCACAAGACCUUCCAUGGACUUCACGGUCAUGUCCUACAACAUAUUAGCCCAGGACCUGCUGGAAGCUAACAUGGAGCUGUACAAACACUGCCGCCUGGAGGUGCUGGACUGGGACUACCGCUGCAACGUUCUUUUGGAGGAAAUAGGCAGAUGGGAGCCAGAUAUUCUUUGUCUCCAAGAGGUUCAGGAGAACCACUAUGAUGCCCGUCUGUGCCCAGCCCUGACUCAAAUGGGCUACAACUGUGCAUACAAGAAGCGCACGGGGAACAAGACGGACGGCUGCGCUACCUGCUAUCGCAACAAUCGCUUCUCUGAGGUGUCGGUCACACUGAUCGAGUUCUUCCGGCCCGAAAUCGAACUUCUGGACCGGCACAAUGUGGGCAUAGUUUUGCUGCUCCGUCCCCGUGUCCGCCAGGGGUCCAAGGUCAGUGCGAUGGGCUCGCUGCUCUGUGUGGCCAACACACACCUGCUCUUCAAUCCGAGUAGGGGCGAUGUCAAGCUGGCCCAGCUCGCCAUAUUGUUGGCAGAGAUCGACAGCGUGGUCGCGUCAUGGAAGGCCAAAGGGGAACACUGUAAUGUUGUCCUGUGCGGGGACUUCAACUCCGUCCCCCACGCGCCUCUUUACCAACUCGUCACCACUGGGGAGCUCUACUUUCAGGGUGUACCAGCAUGGAUGGUAUCGGGUCAGAAGAAUCUUUCACACAAAAGUGCUUGCCACAGACUGUUUCCGCCUCUGUGGCCCAGCUCUUUGGGGAUCUCCAACAACUGCCAGUACGUCACCGCCAACCAGGUGGAUGAAAGCCACAGUCCAGGAGAAGUUUGUCCCGGAGGGAAACUUCAGUACAGCCACCACUUCCUCUUGAGGCUGCGCUUCUGUCCAGCAUCGUGUAUACGUCCAAGUGAUCUACAAGUAAUCCCGGGCGUCACGGACAACACCCCAGACAUGUCCAGCGACAAGCAGCCAUAUGUCGAAAGGUUUGGACCCAUUAUCAGACACCAGUUAGACCUGGAAUCCGUCUACCAGCACAACCACUCUGAAGUCACGACCCUGCACUCUGAAGGGGGAGCCACUGUGGACUACAUAUUCUACUCCCCUGAACGCAUCCUAACUUCAGAUCAAGCAGCUGGUGGCAACUUUGGGCGUGAAGGUCUAAAGCUGGUUGGUUGUCUCUCGCUCCUGUCUGGCGAUGCCUUAUGGUCCAUGGAAGGACUUCCCAACCACACAUUCCCAUCCGAUCAUCUCAGUCUUCUGGCUAAACUCCGCUUGGACCUCAACGCAGCAUCGUAAAAAAAAGACAUGUGGUAACAUUUAAUUCAAAUCACAGUAAUUCAAACGUUUGUGUGAAAUAUGCGAUCUUACUCUGCUUGAUUGUGUUUCUUACAAAACUUAACUCGCGAUUUAGUUAAAGAUCCGGGAAAAACAUAAAUAGUCAUAAUAUUGACUGAUGCAGAAUAAUGACUGACAUCUGGCACUUUUUAAGCCAGAAAUGUUGCUAUUAUUUCAUUUUUUUCCCUUUUUUUGUAUUUCAAUGUUAAAAUUUAUUUUGAAAUGAUACAAUAUUUAAUAAAUAUGUUUCAUCCAUAUGUAUUUAUUUAGACAUUUAAGUUAUAUAUAGCUUUACUUUGCUGCUGCACUUUAUUUUGAGGGUCAUCUUAUCAGUUUUGUAGCAUUUGGCUGAAAUAUGGGAGGGUCAGUGCUAUUCAUCUAAGCUAGGGGUCUCAAACUCAAUUUACCGGGGGGCCACUGGAGCUAGGGUCUGGGCAAGGCUGGGCCGCAUCAGGUUUUCCAAAAAAAAAAAAAAAAAAAAAAAAAACGCAUUUAUUAAAAACAGAAAAAUAUACAAACUUUUUCAGUGCUUUGGUUCCGAUUUUCUACAAUAAAAGCUCUGAUAAAACAUUCCACUGUUCUCAAAUAUCUUAAUUUUUAUUUUUCUGCACAAAAUAAGAUGAAAAAUAAAUAAAUCAAGAAUAAAGAAAAUCAAUCAGUAAAAUAAAUA